CAUAAAUUUUGAAACAGAUAGAUGAUGUUCUUGAACCAUGUGUUCCGUUGUCCCAGGCAGUCAUCAAACAAUGUUGGAAGAGCAUUCCUGUUUAGUGGUCUACGGAACACAAUGGUGUCGCUUCAGUUUCUCCGGUAAUGCUCAAAAUUUAGUAUCGUCAAAUUUAGUGGCGUGCCUGUAUUUCAGUGGAGUCCAUGUGGCCCAACUCUUCUUGCUGGUAUCGAUAUUUUAUUUGGAAGUCAACUUCUUCGCUCCUCAACAAAUUUCGAGUUUGCUUGGUCUGCACAACCGCCCUCCAUGCAAAAGAAGAAGUCCAUGGUUUCCCUUUAUUCACUGAUGACUUCUUUCCUGAUCCCCUUUCCUUCUGCUGCUCUUCGUUCGCAAGAUUUCAUGGCGAAGAUGCUGCUCUUCAUCUGUCUGUUUUCUCUUCAACUGACCAUACUCCAUGGCCUCGAUAGUCCAUCAGAUUACGGGCACUCCCUCCCGGAUCUUGUCCAGGGGAAAAUCCUCCAUUGCUCCUCUCUGUCUUCUGAUGACAAGCUUCUCUGUCAAAUUGAAGCUGCCCUGGAUGCUCAAGGCUACCUCGAAGCUCCAGGGAAGAACGCCACUCAGCAUUCAAAGACUCCACCUGCAACUAUGUCAUGCAAAUUCAGAGAAGACAACGUAUACAGCCUUUAUCCUUAUGCCAUGGAUCCAUCGCCCCUGUUGGAAAGCGUACUGGAGAGAUACUUCGCCAUGCACAUCCGCUGUAAAGAUAUCGAAUUUGCGAACCUCAGCGAUGUCUAUGCGUCUUCUUCAAGAAGACCAAAUUGCAGAUACUUGAUAUGGAGGCCUUCUGGAGAUGGCUUGGGCAAUCGGCUUCUGUCAUUGGUUUCAUCCUUCCUUUAUGCGAUUAUGUCUGCUAGAGUUCUACUGAUUGAUUAUCCACCGUGGCAUGACCUCUUCUGUGAACCGUUCUUGGGCUCAACCAUCCAACUCCCUGCACCAAACAAGCUGAACUACUGGGUUGGUCACUGGUACACAGAAUUUCGUGACGCCCGGUGCGGAGCACACAUAACUAGCUCCAAUGCUGCCGUCUGCAAUGAUACCACAGUGAACUUAUCUCUAGAUCAUGACACUCCUAUCCGUGAAUACGAGUCUGUUGCGUGCCCAAUGGGCUUCGCAAGGCUCAGAAAUGUUCCAUUUGUUUAUAUCAGGGAGUGUAACCAAUACAUGAUCCCAGGUUUCUAUAUCAAUCCCCUGCUCUCUCCCCUGCUUGAUGUGUUGUUCCCACAGAGGAACGCAUUUCAUCUCUUAGCUAGAUUUCUCUUAUUUCCAAAUGAUGCUGUGUGGAAUUCUAUCAAAUCCAACUUGGACUUUGAUGCAAGCAGGAGAAUUGGGGUCCAAAUAAGAGAAUUCAAGAAAGGGAAGUACACAUCAGCAUAUGAUGCCAACAUCGUCAGAUGCAUCAAGAAGAAAGGUGGAUUCUUCCCACGGAGAUACAGAAAGAGAAUUCAAAGGGCUGAAUACUUCUCUAUUUAUGUGGCAACAUUGGUGAAGCACCAUGUAGAGGAGAUGAACAAGGCAAUGCGGGUUGUUGAGGAACAGAGUGGAAAGAAGUUGACAGUAAAGUGGCAGGUCGUGGAUGGGAAAGAGAUGCAUGACUCGCAGCAUCAGAAGGAGGCAUUGAUAGAUAUGUGGGUGCUGAGCAUGAGCCAUGUCUUGAUCACAAGUGCUGAAUCCACCUUUGGCUAUGUUGCAACUGGUUUGAGUGGUGUAGUGCCAUUUUUCCUUGAUAAGGAAGACGGUGGGAGUUGCACAAUGGGAAAUGGUCUGGAGCCUUGUUUCCAUGCAGCACCAAGGAAUCUACUGUGCAUCCAGGAAGAACCUCUGGCUUACAGCUUGCUUGACAUGGCUCUUAAUUCUUCUAAGGUGAAAAACUGCAUUGAUCGUCCUCGAUUAGGCUGGACUGCAGUGUCCCCAAUGUGAUGCCAUCAAUGCAAAGGGGUGCCUUUGACAUGACGCGUUAAGUUUGCAUUAGCAAGAUGAAAGCAGAAAUGUUUAUGCUUUAUAAUACCUCAUAACAAGUUAGUCUCGAUUCUUCAUUUAUUUCAUCUAAUUUUUGUUUCUAUCUCCUUGGUGUGUUUGUUCAAUUCCGUUAUGACAUUAUCAACCAUUUAAAGACAAUCUUUCGCUUCCUGCUAUGUUCCUCUACUGAGUUUCAUGUGUCCUGCUCAACAGUAAACUCCAUGUAAUUAUGAAAAUGUACCAUAAGUUCUCAC